AUGGAGAUCGGAAUGAGGAAGCUCUCUUCUGCCUUGGCUCUGACAUUACUGGCAUUGAUCUCAGCUUCAAUCGCUACCUCGGAGGUCCCUUUCAUUGUUGUCCACAAGAAAGCGUCUCUCUCUACCAUCAAAUCAGGAUCCCAACGCGUCUCCGUCACCAUCGACAUAUACAAUCAAGGAUCCUCAUCAGCAUAUGAUGUAAAUCUGGUAGAUGAAGGCUGGAAUACAAAUCUCUUUGACGUUAUUAGUGGCAACACUUCAAAGUCAUGGGAAAAGCUUGAUGUUGGUCAAGUUCUGUCACAUUCAUUUGAGUUGCAGACUAAGACAAAGGGUCUAUACUACGGUUCACCAGCUGUUGUUACGUUCCGUGUCCCAUCUAAGGGUGUUCUUCAGGCAUAUUCAACUCCACUAUUGCCUCUAGAUGUGCUUGCUGAGACCAUCCCGGAGAAGAAGCUUGAUUGGAGAUUGGUGCGCAAAGUUGGACCUCAAAUCUCAGUGAUUUCGAUUGUUGUGACGUUUGUGUAUUUGAUCGCAACUCCAUCAAAGGGAAGCAAGAAGAAGCGUUGA